CUCACAGAGAUCCACCUGUCUCUGCCUCCUGAGUGCUGAGAUUAAAGGCCUGUGCCACCAUGCCAGGCUUGUAUGCUCUUUCUUAUUGGUCCCUUUCCAUUCCUAGUCUGUUAGAGGGGCCAACUCUGGCUUAGUUCUGCUUCAGGACUCCUGGUUAGACAACAUUUGGGGAGCAGGUAGACUGGCUGACAGAGUAGCUCUGCACCUGCAUUGUUGAACAGUCUACUUACCACAGGUCAGUGUGUACAGGUCAGGCUGUAACAGGAGCAGCUGUGGCCUGGUAGACCUCAAAUUCCUGAGGUGUCCUAUCCCCUUUCUUCCUAAUAGUCCAUAUUCCCAGUGGCUUCUUUUUGUGACUGACUCUCCUCUUGGGACCCACAAACUCUUAAUUCUCCUACUCUCUAUACAUACUCACUCAGAGACAUCAUAGAUCAGCUGGGAAAUGUAAAACAGGAUAUGAGGUGGGGGGAAAAGGGAAGGACAGAUGCUUCUUUCCUUAAGACUGCCCUGCUCUGCCCAGCACCCUUUCUUCCCAGCUUAGCCUGCCCUGAAAGGCUCUGCACAGGAUUCCUGACACCUCCCCAUCCAUGGCACAGACCCACUAUGAAGCUGGGUGCCAUAUGCUCACAAUGUCAUCUCUGACCUUAUGGUGUGGCCACUUUCAGCCCCAGAAUUGGGCUGUGGUCUAAGAUAUGGAGAGAAAGCACUAGCAGGAAAAUAUAAAAUAAAAGCGCUUUUGCCAUUAGGAAAAUGGGAGAAAUGAGUCAGCUGGGGUUGGACAUGGUGGGUGUGAAAAUAAGGAUUGUGUAUUUGAGGCUAGAAUUUGGGGAGGGGCUUAUAAGUGCAGAAAUAGGAAGCUGGAGGAACAGAAAAGGAGAGAGGGAGCGGGGGAAUGUGUGUGUGGUAGCUGUGCCAACAAGAGGGGAUCUAGAGGCCAAGCAGGGUCUGGCUCGGCAAUAGGAAGCAAGUCCGGUUUUUCCCCAGGGAUUCCCAGGGACAAACCAGACAGACUUCAGGACCGACAGUCCAGCUCCCUGUGCACAGCAGAAGCAAAACACUGCUUUGGGUCUGAGCCGCACGGCAGAAGCAAAACACGGCUUUGGGUCUGAGAUGCGGUGCCUCUGGCGGGUUCAGGAAACCCAAAAGCCGGAAGUCUCGGUCAGAGACUGUACUUGCAGGCCGGGAGUCUGAGGCCUCUUUAAGAAGGGGCGGGAAUCCUCAGCUGGCGGAAGUGAGGUCGGGAGAGCAACGGAAGCCGGAAGCUGCGGCCUGAGCUGCAUGUGGGGCGAUGUCUGCUAGCGGGGCUGUGGAGCCGGGGCCCCCCGGGGCUGCCGUAGCCUCGUCGCCCGCCGAGGCCCCGCCGUCCACCGCGGGGCCCUUGUUCCGGCCCAUCAGCGCCGAGGACGAGGAGCAACAGCCCACCGAGAUCGAGUCACUGUGCAUGAACUGUUACCGCAACGGCACCACGCGCCUCCUGCUCACCAAGAUCCCUUUCUUUAGAGAAAUAAUAGUGAGCUCUUUUUCUUGCGAGCACUGUGGCUGGAGCAACACGGAGAUCCAGUCGGCAGGCAAGAUCCAGGACCAGGGAGUACGCUACACUUUGACCGUCAGGGCCCAGGAGGACAUGAACAGAGAAGUGGUCAAGACUGACUCUGCAACCACAAAGAUCCCAGAGCUGGAUUUUGAAAUUCCAGCUUUCAGCCAGAAGGGAGCUCUGACCACUGUUGAAGGAUUGAUCAACCGUGCAAUCUCUGGCCUGGAGCAGGACCAGCCCACUAGAAGGGCAGUUGAAGAUGCCACAGCUGAAAGAAUUGAUGAGUUCAUUGGCAAACUGAAGGAGCUUAAGCGAGUGCCUUCUUCUUUCACCCUGAUCAUUGAUGAUCCCUCCGGAAAUAGCUUUGUAGAAAACCCACAUGCUCCCCAGAAAGAUGAUGCCUUGGUGAUCACACAUUACAACCGAACCCUACAGCAGGCCGAGAUGCUGGGGCUCCAGGCAGAAGCACCAGAAGAGAAGCUGGAAGAGGAAGAUCUCAGAAAUGAAGUGCUCCAGUUCAACACAAACUGCCCUGAGUGCAAUGCCCCGGCUCAGACCAACAUGAAGCUAGUCCAAAUCCCCCACUUUAAAGAGGUUAUCAUCAUGGCCACCAACUGCGAGAACUGUGGGCAUCGGACCAAUGAGGUGAAAUCUGGAGGAGCAGUAGAGCCCUUGGGCACCAGGAUCACCCUCCACAUCACAGACCCAUCAGACAUGACCAGGGACCUCCUUAAGUCUGAAACUUGUAGUGUGGAAAUCCCAGAGCUGGAGUUUGAACUGGGAAUGGCUGUCCUCGGGGGCAAGUUCACCACUCUGGAGGGGCUGCUGAAAGACAUCCGAGAAUUGGUAACCAAGAAUCCAUUCACACUGGGUGACAGUUCCAGUCCUAACCAGUCCAAGAAACUGCAGGAGUUUAGCCAGAAGUUGGAUCAGAUCAUUGAUGGGAAAAUGAAGGCCCACUUUAUUAUGAAUGAUCCAGCAGGAAACAGUUAUUUACAGAACGUGUAUGCCCCUGAAGAUGAUCCGGAGAUGAAGGUGCAGCGGUACAAGCGCACCUUUGACCAAAAUGAAGAACUUGGGCUCAAUGACAUGAAGACGGAGGGCUAUGAGGCAGGCCUGGGCCCACAGCGGUAGCAGUGGACAGCUCAUAGGCCAACACCAGUUCUGCCUGUACUGCAGGGUUAUUUAUGACUGUUGGGAUAAGCUGUGUAUGUCCUCUCCAAGGCCUUGCCCAUGGUGAGGCAGACACCUACUCGAGCCAGAGAUCUAGGCACAGGAUAUAAACAGCUGUGUGCACGUGCAAGCCUGUUGUGUAUUGAACUUCUUUUGGAGGUUUGGAAUCGGCCUGAGAAGAAACCCAGAAACAAACCAUGGGAUAUGCCAUCACUUUUUUCCUGUCAGCUCUUUACUCUCUCGCCACACAGUCCUCUGUCCUCCGGUGCUGAGCCUCUGAAGCUCAUGAAGGUCAAAGAGCUGUGGUGUGGCAAUGGCUCUGGGUAUAUGAAGUACUAAUGUUCAGCAGAAAAAAACUUCAGAGGGGGGAUAGGUGAAGAAGUUCUCAUUAAAGUGAUGGCUUUUAAACAACA